AUGAGAACCACGAUUGUCUCUGAAAUCGAGAACCUGUUAGAUGAGUUGCAUGAUCUGGAGGAGGUUUUGGUGCAAGCUUGGCAUAUUUGGAAUCAAAGAAAUCGGGUUGUAUAUGGAGGGAAAUUUCAUGAACCGGGAUGGUUGAUCACUCGAGCAAGGGAGCUGUUAGAGGACUUUCGGACUGCCCAAGAUCAGAUGAGAACUGAAACAGCGAUGCAGCCAGCUCGUGUUACCUGGCAGCCUCCUCCACAGUCCGUUUUCAAACUUAAUUUUGAUGCAGUGGUAUUUUCCUGCCUCAAUAGUUCUGGUUUUGGUGCUGUAAUUCGCAAUGACAAAGGGGAGGUUAUGGCAGCCAUGGCAGCCAAGGGUCCGGCGGUGCUGUGCAGUGAGGAAGCGGAACUUCUUGCAUGUAGGAAGGCGAUUGAGUUUGCGGUGGAUGCGGGAUUCUCAGAAUUUGUUAUUGAAGGAGAUAACGGCUCGGCCACGUCAGCUAUUUCGACGAUACAGCUUGAUCAGUCACUGAUGGGGAAUGUGGUUGGGGACAUUCAACAUUUGAUUCGGAAUUUGCAUUGGGUAAGGAUUGAUUGUAUUAGGAGAGGGGGGAACCGGGUUGCUCAUGUAUUAGCUCAAUUUGCUAGAAAUAUUUUUGAGGAUAGGUAUUGGAUGGAAGAUGUUCCUCCAAUAGCUAGAGAAGUUGUGUACCAAGAUGUUAACUUUGUUAAUUAA